AUGGCUGGGAAUAAACUUCUCGUUUAUUUACUUCGACGUGACCUCAGGGCCAUCGACAACCCUAUCCUCCACCACCUGGCCACUACUGACCAUGGUUUUACCCACUUCCUUCCCAUCUACAUCCUCCCCCCUCAUCAGAUCGAAACCUCUGGCUUUGUUGUUGAGGGCCAAAAGUCUCCCUACCCACUAGCCAAGAGCCAGGUCGGUCGUUUUUGGAGAUGUGGCUCCCUUCGAGCCAAGUUCCAGGCCGAGUGUAUCUGGGAUGUCAAGAAAAAUUUCGAAAACAUUGGCAGUGGCAUACUGGUUCGGAUCGGCAAGUUUGAUGAUGUCUUGAAGCAUUUGAUCAUGUCGUUGAACGAAAGCAACCAGUCUGUCGAUACUGUUUGGAUGACUGAGGAGCCCUCGAAAGAAGAGUUGGACGACCAGAACGCUGUCGCGUCGGUGUGCUCUGAGGAGGGCAUCAACUUUAAGCUUUGGCAUGACGAGAAGUAUUUUAUUGAUGAUCGGGACACUGGCCUGUCCAAAGAAUGCACUGAUCUUCCUGAUGUUUUCACGUCUUAUAGGAAGACACAAGAACCUCUUCGAGAGCGCCCUCGCACACCUUUACCGCGUCCGCAGGCUGGAUCGUUGCCCUCCUUCCCUUCAUCAUGGAUCCCAUCUCAACAAGCCCCCUUUCGUAUUCCCGACGAUUAUGACGAGUUUGAGCGACUUCUACUGGAACCGGUCAAAGCCCCCAUCAUCUCUGACCCUCCCCCUUUCCCUGAAGGAACAAAGUCCUCUCACCCAUUCAAGGGCGGCGAGAACCCUGCCUGGGACCGUCUUUACCAUCUCAUAAAGUCGGGGUCAAUGACGACUUAUCAGGAGACUCGUAAUGGGUUGAUGGGACUCGACUACAGCACUAAGCUCUCGGCAUACUUGGCCAUGGGAACUAUCACUGCCCGCUCAAUUCACGAUGAACUUGUCAAAUUUGAAGACGGUUUAGAAGAGAGCUAUUCCACAGGCGUGGGCUUUGGUGAGGGUGAGAGUGAAGGUUCCAGAUCAGUUCGCUUUGAGCUGCUAUGGCGCGACUACAUGCGACUAUGUACCAUGAAAUUCGGAGUCCGUCUCUUUAAGAUCGAUGGCUUUAAAGGGGCUAGCGGCAACUACGACAAAAAGUGGUUGUCUCGGGAUGACCCAGGGGUUGACGAAAUCAUCGAAAGACUUAUCCGAGGCACCACAGGCAUGGGCUUAGUCGACGCUUCUCAAAGAGAGUUAUAUCAUACAGGAUACACGUCGAAUCGUGCCAGACAGAACGUUGCUAGCUUCAUCGCCAAGCAUCUGUCUCUAGACUGGAGAAUCGGCGCAGAACUGUACUCGAUCAUCAGUAGGCAACAAUCCGAGAGGAGAUUCGAGGGCGUUUAA